AGGAAAAAUGUUAUUCGGACUAGCGCGGCUGAAACCAUCAUCUUUACUCAAACCACAGUUGACGAGACUGCUCAGUGAUGCUGUGAAGUAUACGGAAAAAGGAAUCCAGCUGGACGGGAGGGACUUGCUGCACAUCGAGACCCGUCAUAUGUGCCGAUGUGAAGCCUGUUUUGGGAAACACGCCCACUCACGCCUGGAUCUACCUUUAAGUGGGAGCUUGUCCCCGGGAAUCAAAGUGGAUGAGAUUGGUAGAAUGUCAGAGCAUUAUCUUGGAUUGAAGUGGAGUGAUGGACAUGAAGGACUAAUUGCGCGGACCUUGAGGGGAGACUACGGACCUAACCCCAUACACUCUCGUAUGGAAAAGUUGCAAGAACUGACAAGAAGGAAAAACGUAGAACAGAAAUUCUGGGCGGAGCCAGACGCAGAAGUUUCCAAGCUGUGGGAUUACUCCUGGGUAAUAAAGGACGUUGAUAACACCAGAGAGUUCCUGACCCACUACAUGAGAUAUGGUAUAGUGUUUCUGACAGGAAUACCGGCUGAAGAGGGCAUGUUGGACGUCGUAGAGGAGGGUCUAAAGAUGAGUCCUUUGCGGAGGACUGUGUUUAAGACGGUGGAUCUGGUAAAGUACAAGCCAAACCCUAUCAACUCAGGAUAUGGCGCCGAUGAACUUGCACUUCACCUUGACCUCUCCUAUUUUUAUCAGACACCGCACGUGCAGUUUUUCCACUGUGUGAAGAACACUGUUGAGGGUGGCGAGAGUUUCUGGGUAGAUUCAUUCUCAGCGAUCAAAGAGAUGUCAGAGAAAAGACCCGACCUUCUGGAAGUGCUGAAAACUGUUCCAGUGACCUACAGAUACACGCCACCAGGAACAGGAAUAUUCCAGAUAACUCACCACUGUGUGGUGAAUAUGCUCGGGAAGGACAUUUGGCAAACGGUUGAUCAACCGUUCAACCUGGAUUCGGCCAUGUUCACCCGUUUCACGGACACGGGAACCAGAGAGAAGUUUUGGGAAGCGUACACGUACUACAGAGGACUAGUGGAGGAUCCUAGUAGGCACUACACAAAAAGAUUGAAUUCGGGAGAGUUUGUAAUCACUGAUAAUUGGAGAGUCUACCACGCUCGAAGGAUGUUCAAAAAGACAGCUCCCGAACAAGAUAGGAUAGUUGCUACUUCUUACAUGGAUUGGCAGAUUAUGGUCAACAGGAUCCUCUCCCCGGACAAGAAAAACUCAAUAUUCUUAGAGAUAGAUCAACAUUGAGGAGUCAGCAAUUCAAUUAACACUCGCGGCUAUCCAUUAGCACGGACUACAAACUAAACAAUCGAGUUAUAAUAUUGUCUUCAUCUUCGAGGGUUUCUAUUUUUACUUCCGAGCUAUUAAACGUCAUUAUAUGGAGUUACCAGAAUAUUUAAUCUUUAUAACACUACUUUAUUUGACGAGACUUAAGAUUAUAAUUCAAAGAGAUACCAGACCAGUAAUUAACUAAUUCUAUCAAGAUAUACAGGAUCCAAACUAACUAGUUUAGUAGGUUUAAUAACCUGAACAUCUGCAAUAAAUAAUAAUAUAAAGUAAAAUAGAUAAUAAUAUAAAGCUUAACUUAAUUCAAAUGUGCAUCUUAUUGGGCUCAACG